AUGGAUCAUGUUGAUGUUCCAGACACAGAUGGCCUCAGCGUGCUUGAAGUGGAGGAUCUGUACAACGCCGCUUUGGAGGAGGUCCAAAAGGCCUGCGAUGUGAGCGAGCGGCAACGCUGUGGCCAGCGGCUGGCGGUGAUUGCAAAGGCCUUAAGAGCUGCCAAGCGUAAGCCGUUGGAAAAGACACAGAGGACAGAGUGGUCUGCUUAUCCAGAGCCAGUCACUUUGCCACGGUGUCCAGAUGAUGCAAGAUAUGUAAAAAGCUUCAGCACCGAAGUUGCGGACUUGCCAGCAGCGCAACACUUUUUCCAUGAGUAUGGGUUCGUGGUCUUCAGAGAUGUCCUCACGGCUCCUGAAUGUGAAGCGACGGUGGCGGAGAUUUGGAGGUCACUGGAGGAGCGAACUCCAGGUCUGGAGCGUCAUGACUCGGAGAGCUGGUCUUUGCUGUCUUCCGAACGGUAUGGACUUCCGGAGGAGCAGGCAGUGUUCACUCCGCAGAUAGUUGCAAACAGACAGAAUGACCGUGUCUAUGCCGCAUUGGAUGCUGUUCUUCCGCGCAUGAGUGGGAUUGAGGACUUUGACAGCCCUCAUCCUGAUCCCAAUAGUGUGGUUGUCACUCAAGACAGGUGGUGUAUCUACCGGCCUGCUGGUGAUGAUGCAAGCGCUCGUACGGCUGAGAAUCUGCACUUGGAUGUGAACCCCUGGACCUAUGCUGGGUUGAAGCCAACAGAGAUUGAAGACCUCAGGUAUGGAAUGACAAUAGCUGGCGACCAUCGAUUCCCUUUGCAGGACUUCCGUGCUGAGCUUACGGCUGUCCAGGGCCGUGGCAGUUCUACAGGGGAGCAUGUUCAGGGAGUCCUGAACUUGCUAGACAAUUUGGAGGAGGAUGGUGGCACUCGAGUUGUGCCUGGUUUCCACCGAUGUUUUAUGCCUUGGCUUCGAGCAUUAGGUGACAUGGAGAGCAAUUUGGCACAAAGUGGCCAGCAUGACAAUUGGGUGCUGCGUAGGGCGGCUGGCGGUGGCAGCUUCAAAUUCUCAAAUUUGGAUCGAAUCCACCAAUUGUCGAGGCGGAUUCCAAUGAGGGCUGGCAGCUUCUUACUUUGGAAUCAGCUUUUGGUACAUGGGAGCUGUGCCAACAACAGUGCCAACUUCAGAAUUGCCCAGUUCAUUACGGGAUUUCGCGCAGGAGAAAUGAGCCCCGGGCGCUCUUGGGCUCGCGCUGCUGCGGUGCAACGCCACAACAGCGGCUUGUUGUUGCGGCCACUGGCGCCGCAUGUCUUCGGUGAAGCAAGGGGCACGGAGGGCACGGAGGGCACGGCCGGCCCAGCGGAUGGGAGAAGCUUUGCUCGAAGCGAACGUGAGCAUUUGGCCGUUGAGCAAGUGCUGCAAACCAGCAAAGGACAUCCUGAAGCAAUUCUCAAGGCAUUCGAAGACUUUCACGUGCAGUGCAAGCCGCUUCUACACGUUGGUCCAAUGAAGGGCACAUACUUGGAUCAUGCUGUGCAGCGGAGUUCACCCAGCUUGGUGCUCGAACUUGGAAGCUACCUUGGCUACUCCGCUGUCAGAGCCCUAGCCCCCCUAGCCAAAUUGUGCAACAACCUUGAGAUAGACUUGAUCUCGUACAUUCAGUCGCAAGUGCAAGAGCUUUCUCAAGACUCAUAA